CCCCUUUCAUCAAGACAACCUGAUCGUAAGGACGGAUCUGAUUCCUUUCUAUCUUUAAAAUAAUACCAUAAUGAUGGCGCUUAUCAUUGCACCUUUACGGACACGAUUGAUCGCGGCUAUUUUUGUAUUCAUUGCACUAUGGGGAUUUGCGCUCUCCAUCACUCGGUACUCUAUUCCGGAGGAGAUGGAAGAGGGCUCCUUUGUUGCCAAUCUGGCCACUGAUUUGGGUCUGGAUGUUCGCAGUUUGGUGCAGCGCAGAGCGAAGCUCGAUGUCAUUCACAGCAAAAAUUACCUUGACAUCAAUAAAGAGACAGGGGAGCUGGUAAUCCGCGAGAAGAUAGACAGGGAAAGCAUAUGCAUGACUAAAGCAACCUCGUGUUUUCUGAAAAUGGAUGUCAUUCUUGAGAACCCCAUUCGCAUUUUUAACAUCGAGCUAGAAAUCAUGGACAUCAAUGACAACGCGCCUGUGUUUCGCAGAAAGACAAUGCCCUUGGACAUUUCGGAGGCAACCCCUCCCGGUGAGAGAUUUUCAUUGACAAACGCCGUGGAUGCGGAUGUGGGCGCCAAUUCAAUCAAGACCUACUAUCUCAGUGAAAGCAAAUACUUCAUCAUAGAUAUACAGACUGGCAGCGAUGGCUCCAAAUAUGUUGAUUUAGUCCUCAAUGGUAAUUUGGACCGUGAGGAGCAUGCAGUUCAUAAUUUGAUUUUAACUGCUGUGGAUGGAGGGGUUCCUCCCCGCUCCGGCACAGCCAGUAUCAUUAUUAACGUCCUGGAUAUCAAUGACAACGCCCCCCUGUUCAGUCAGCCGGUAUUUGCAGUCAAUGUUUCAGAGAACUCGGCUGCAGGGACAGUGGUCAUGACCUUAAACGCAUCAGACUUGGAUGAAGGCACAAACGCCCAGUUAAUAUACUCAUACACACUGUACACCUCAGAGAAGACGCAAGAGAUCUUCUCACUUGAUCCAAACUCAGGUGAAAUCAAGGUGAAGGGGGUGAUCGAUUAUGAAGAGAGUCAAAGUUUUGAGAUGCACAUCCAGGCUCAAGACAAGGGGUCGAACCCACUGUCGGGACAUUGUAAAGUGAUGGUGUUCAUCACAGAUCUGAACGAUAACUACCCUGAAGUGACCAUCAAGUCUCUGAAAAGUGAAGUGAGUGAGGAUGUCUCUGUAGGGACACUGAUCGCUGUGGUCAGUGUCAGUGACAGGGACUCUGGAGUCAACGGGGAAGUGCAGCUCACCUUGAACCAGCAAGAAACCUUACCCUUCAUCCUAAACAAAUCCUCAGAGGGUUACUUUGAGCUGCUGGUUUCAAAGCCACUGGACAGAGAGAUAAUAAGCAAAUAUGACAUCACACUGAGGGUGACAGACAAAGGCUCGCCGCCCUUAUCUGAACACGAGACCAUUACUUUAGAGAUUUUGGAUGUGAAUGACAACGCACCCACAUUCCCUCAGUCCUUCUACACAAUCCAUGUCGUAGAGAACAAUGUACCAGGGGCAUUAUUGACAUCUCUAAGUGCGUUUGACCCAGAUCUAAAUGAGAACCAGUACUUGGUUUAUUUCAUAAUGGAGAAGGAGAUUGUUAACACGUCUAUGUCAAUGCUGUUCUCCAUCAACCCUGAGAACGGUGAUCUUUAUGCCCUGAAGACCUUCGACUAUGAGAGAGAGAGGGAUUUUCUUUUCCACAUCGAGGCUAGAGACUCUGGCGUUCCCCCGCUGAGCAGCAAUGUGACAGUUCACAUCAUCGUUCUGGACCAAAAUGACAACACUCCCCUCAUAGUGUCACCUUGGCGGGCGCAGGGCUCUGUUGUAGAGGAGGUGAUACCAAGGUCCACAGAUAAGGGGCACUUGGUCGCCAAAGUGAUCGCUAUUGAUGCCGAUUCUGAGCAGAACUCCAGGGUCACGUACCAACUCCUGCAGAUCAGUGAUUCAACCCUCUUCAGUCUGGAUCAGUAUAAUGGCGAAAUCCGGACAACGAGGAUGUUCAGUUACAGAGACCCAAGACAACAGCGACUUGUGAUUGUUGCCAAAGACAAUGGUGAACCAGCUCUCUCUGCUACAGUCACCAUCAAGAUAUCCACAGUAGAACAUGUCAUGUCCUUUUCAGAGACUACAGAGUUGCCACUAGAAUAUGAUGUCUUCACAGACCUAAACUUGUACUUAGUAAUCGGUUUAGGAGCUGUGUCAUUUUUGCUGCUGAUAACCAUCUUGGUUAUUAUUGUGCUGAAGUGUCAAAAACCAAAGCCAAAGGCCAUCAAGAUCCCCCCGGCCAAUAGGAACAGCGUGAUCAGCAGGAACAGCGUGAUAAGCCAGAGAAGCUCCACCAUCGCAGAUUCCACCCUGAUCUCCAGCGAUGCCUACUGGUACAGUCUGUUCCUUGCAGAGACCAGGAAAGGCAAAGUGGUGGUGAGACAGCCCAUAAUUCCCAAAGGAGCUGGGUAUUUUGUGUCCAGUAUACCCAGGAGCAUAGGGCCAAGUGAGACCACAGACUCCAGAGCAUCCACACUGGAGCUGGACCUGCAGACUAAACCGAAACAACUGAUGCUCUGAAAGAUUAAACAUCAUGAAUAUGCAUAAAUGCACAGGUGCAUAUGUAGAGAGAGAGAGAGAGAGAGGAACUUGUGUGUAUGUGUGUGUAUUGUAAGUGAGAGUUUGAGUUUCACAUGUACCACUGAACUUGUCUCUUUUUUCUAUUCUUAAGUACUCAAAAUGAAAGGAAGUCCAUUCUACAACUGGAGCAGCAACCCAGAAGAGAACUGCCAUGAUAUAAUCAUCUCUUCGUGGGAGUCUCUGGCUGAAAUUCUUUCCUGUGACUCACAAAGAAGAUGUAAAACAACUGUCCUCCCUCAGUCGCUCUGCUCCAGCUCCUCUUUCUCUCUAGUUCCUCCAAUCCCCCAUACAAGCAUCGACCACUAAUCACCUCAGCUUUCAACCUUUUUUUCUCUUUUAAGCAUGAAUCCGCAUGAUUCUACAACAUGUUCCAAAUAUUUGGGCGUAGAAUUGAAAUCAUUUAUGGCAGAAUAUCUGGAUAUUACUAGAGUGGCCUCAUGUAGUAAAUCAUUCCCUCCUUCUUAAUGCUUUGAAGCUCCUCAAUGGACAAACUUGCCUUCUCUCCAGGGUUUGGCUGUGUGCUGUAGUUCUAGGAACCAUCGGUAUGUCACCAUACGGAUAAGUCGCCAUUAUGCAACAUUUCUUAAGCAAACGAUCAAACACGUCUAAUUAUAAAUACACAUAUGAAUCAGGGUGAAUAUGAUUCUUCCAUAAAUCUGUUAAAUACUGAACUGUAGCUGGUUGUGUCUUUGAUUCAGGCUUUGCACUAGGUGUUUUAUUUCUUUUGUUCUUUUUAAUAGAACAUUUCUUCUUAUGAGUCUUGCUGUUUAGCAAAGCUCAUACUGUCAACUAGUAUCUUUCCAAUGAAAAAAAUCUGAUUGAAUUUUAGAUUUCUUUUUUUUUUUUACGUUUGUUGUACUUAACAGUGAUGAAUGUGUGAAAAUGACAAAAAGAGAAUGAAAGAAAAUGAAAAGAAACACAAGUGUUUCUAGUUCUAUACAUUUUUUACACCUUCACUAAUAUCAGGUGAGCAGUUCAUACUUUACAGACAUCUGUGCUGUUAUAAAGUAUAUGACUGGGAAUAUAAUUCUCUGGCUGUAUUAGAGAGACACAAUAACACUGCAAUAUUGAUUUUUCAAACAAACAACGAAAAAAUGAAUCUGAAACAGGUUCAUGUUCGAAAUCUGAACUGUUUCAGCCUGUCUCCUCUCGUUGGACUGAGUGAGCGAGGGUGCAUGGGGGAGGUGUGUCCUCAGGUCAAAUUUUUAUUCAGUUUUAUUCUGACAUUGCAAACUUGAGAGGGGCCUGAACGGGCUCCGAGUAAAACAUAAAUCACAUUUUUCAAAACAGGGUCAAAUGUCAAGUCACAUUUCUUUGUGACAAGAUUUUGCUUAUCACACAUAUAAGCUAUUAUCUUCUCAGCUUAACUGACUUUUUCCAAGCUGAUAAAACUGGUAAUUCAAAUGUUAACUGCGUUUAUUUAUUGCACACAGUGCAAAUAAUAAUAAUCAAUUAAAAAAACACAAUUACAGGGGAAACAAAAAAAAAAUUGUAAUGAUAAAUACUAUGUUUAUUGAAAAGAGGAAGAAUAUUAAACUGUACAGUACUGACAGAAUUUAUUUGCCAUGGUACAAGGGAAUAUAAGUCAAGGUGUUUUAUGGAUAUUCAUGUUUUUAUAGGUAUUUUAUGUAUUAACUUUUAAUGCAGAUUUUGUGAGCUUCUUCAAGGGCAUUUUGUGUUGCAUAUUUGUAGUUUAGUGCAUAUGAUGUUGUUUUAAUAGUGUACAUAAGUCAAAACUAAAACAACAGUACUUUUCUUGACCUCAGAGGUAGUGCUUGUAGCACUACCGUGAAGCCCAGGACUUUAAUUUCUCAGAAACAAGGAGCGUAUUAGGACCACUCAUUGGGGUGCUAAAUUAUUAAAUCUGAUUGGUUAAGAUAAGGAGAAUGGAUUGUGAGAAGGAGAACAUAGUGUUAUUUAUAGUGCUGACUCCACAAGUAAAAAAAAAAAAAACUAAACAAAAC